UGCUCGCGGCGAACUGUCAUCUGUCAUGAACUCCUAUGGAAGUACACGUUUCAAAAUUUAAAGGUUAUUUGCGGCGACGUUUGUGGGAUAUUCCAGAAAUCUGAAAACUAGAAUAUUGCAAAAGUACUGAGCCCAUCUACCAUUGGAUUAGAUAUUUGCAUUACUAUGGCUUCCAGUGAAAGAAAAGGUACUUUCAAAGUGGAGUUCCUCCAAAAGAUUGAGGAGGAUGUUCAAGAAAAGUGGCGAAAAGACAAAAUCUAUGAAGAAGAUGCACCAAAAACACCCUGCAAGUCAAAGGAUGAGAAAUUUCUUUGCACUUUUCCAUUUCCUUACAUGAAUGGUAGACUGCAUCUUGGGCAUACAUUUUCUCUAUCAAAAUGUGAGUUUGCUGUAAGAUAUCAACGCCUUUUGGGCAAGAAAGUUCUCUUUCCAUUCGGUUUCCAUGCUACUGGAAUGCCAAUUAAAGCCUGUGCUGAUAAGUUGAAGAGGGAAAUGGAGUUGUAUGGUACACCUCCCAACUUCCCUGAUGAUGAUGAAGUGGUGAAGAAAGCGGAGGAGAAGGAUGUCAUACCAAAGGAUAAGAGCAAGGGUAAAAAAAGUAAGGCUGUUGCAAAGGCAGGCUCAGCUAAAUACCAGUGGCAAAUUAUGCAAAGUUUGGGAAUGGAUGACAGUGAGAUUGCUAAGUUUGCUGAUGCAAACCAUUGGUUGGAGUAUUUUCCGCCUUUGGCUGUACAGGAUUUGAACAGUAUUGGAAUCCAUGUGGAUUGGAGGAGGACCUUCAUCACUACUGAUGCCAAUCCUUUCUUUGAUUCCUUUGUUAGGUGGCAGUUUAUUCGACUUAAGGAAAGAAACAAGGUUCAAUAUGGAAAAAGAUACACAAUCUACAGUCCCAAGGAUGGCCAACCCUGUAUGGACCACGAUCGUUCCACUGGAGAGGGUGUCGGACCACAGGAAUAUACUUUGAUCAAAAUGUCCAUGCAGAAACCCUAUCCGGCAAAAUUGGCUAAACUUCAGAAUAAACAGAUCUACCUGGUUGCAGCUACCUUGCGUCCGGAAACAAUGUACGGUCAAACCAAUUGCUGGAUCCGCCCUGACAUGAGAUAUAUUGCUUUUGAAACCAAGUCGGGAGAAGUGUUCAUUUGCUCGGAACGGUCGGCAAGAAACAUGUCGUUCCAAGAGAUGACUAAUGAGCAAGGAAAAUAUACAAUUAUCGUUGAACUCAAAGGCGAAGACAUUCUAGGUUGCGCUCUUAAGGCACCAUUGAUAAAAUAUGAUAAAAUCUACGCUCUACCAAUGUUAACUAUCAAGGAAGACAAAGGCACUGGUGUCGUAACUAGUGUACCUUCGGAUUCACCAGACGACUAUGCUGCUUUGGUUGAUUUAAAAAAGAAGCAACCAUUUAGAGAAAAGUACGGCAUUAAAGAUGAGAUGGUUCUGCCCUACGAGCCAGUUCCUAUUAUUGAAGUUCCGGAAUUUGGUAAUUUGUCCGCUGUAGUCGCUUAUGACAAACUGAAAAUUCAAAGUCAGAACGAUAAAGAUAAAUUGUUGGAAGCUAAGGAAAUGGUGUACUUGAAAGGGUUUUAUGAUGGAGUGAUGUUGGUUGGAGAAUACAAAGGCAAGAAGAUUAAGGACGUCAAGAAAGCUUUACAAAAGGCUUUGAUUGAUAAGAACGAAGCAGUCAUCUAUUACGAACCGGAGAAGACAAUCAUCUCCCGGUCGGCCGAUGAAUGCGUGGUUGCACUCUGUGAUCAAUGGUAUUUGGACUAUGGAGAGGAGAAAUGGAAGAGUCAAGCUGAGAAAUGUCUUGCAGAAAUGAAUGUCUACCACGAUGAAGUGCGCAAAAACUUCGUGGCAUCUCUCGACUGGUUGCACGAAUAUGCCUGUUCGAGGACGUAUGGUUUAGGUACCAAGUUGCCUUGGGAUGAAAAGUGGCUCAUCGAAUCACUAUCAGAUUCCACUAUCUACAAUGCGUACUACACUAUCUCCCACUUCUUGCAAGGAAAUUCGUUUAAAGGUGACAAACCUAACGCACUUGGCAUCAACGCCAAAGAUUUAACACCGGAAGUUUGGGAUUAUAUCUUCUUCAAAACCAAACCAUAUCCCAAAUGUAACAUUAAAAAGGAGACUCUGGAUGUGAUGAAAGCCGAAUUUGAGUACUGGUAUCCUGUGAAUCUGCGAGUCUCUGGAAAAGAUUUGAUUCAGAAUCAUUUGACUUACUAUAUUUAUAACCAUUGUGCUAUGUGGCCGGAAGACGAGGGCAAAUGGCCGAAAGGUAUACGCGCAAAUGGCCACUUGUUGUUAAACUCUGCCAAAAUGUCAAAGUCUGAUGGUAACUUCAUGACGCUGAGCGAAGCUGUGAAGAAAUUCAGCGCCGAUGGCAUGCGAUUAUGUCUUGCUGAUGCUGGUGAUUCUGUAGAAGAUGCUAACUUUGUCGAGAGCAUGGCCGAUGCCGGCAUACUUCGCUUAUAUACUUUUAUCGAAUGGGUGAAGGAAAUGCUUGCUAAUAAAUCGACGUUCCGCAAAGGCAAGGCUGAUACUUUCAAUGAUGUUGUUUUCCAGAGUGAAAUUAACUUAAAAAUCAAAGAGACAGCUGAUAAUUAUUUGAAGAUGUUGUUCAAGGAGGCUCUGAGGACUGGUUUCUUUGAGUUGCAAGCAGUCAGAGAUAAAUAUUUGAAUUUGUCUGCCAUUGAUGGACUACAUCAUGAUUUGAUCUUUCAAUUUAUCGAGGUGCAGGCAAUUCUAUUAUCUCCUAUUUGCCCACAUAUCACGGAACAUGUCUGGAGUUUGUUGGGCAAAAAGGGAAGCAUUGUAAAUGCCCGCUGGCCGAAAGUAGGAGCAAUCGAUGAAGUAAAGAUUAAAGCGUCUGAAUAUCUAAUGGAAGCUGCACAUUCGUUCCGCAUUUAUCUCAAGACUUACAUGCAAGGUGUUAAACCGAGUAAGCAGAAUCCCAAACCAGCUGCGAUUGAAAAACCAAACGUGGUGGAAAUUUGGGUCGCGAAAACUUUCCCUCAAUGGCAGAGUUGCAUCCUUUCCACACUCAAAGAAUUGUACGACAAGAACAAGGGAGUGUUACCUGAUAACAAGCAAUUAUCUGUUGAAUUGGCUAAAAAAGAUGACCUUAAGAAGUACAUGAAAAGGGUGAUGCCUUUUGUGCAAGCUACCAGGGAAAAAUUAGAACAGAUUGGACCUAAAGCACUUGCCUUAACUUUGGAGUAUGAUGAAGCAGAUGUUUUAAAGAAUAACAGUGUCUAUUUGGCAAAUACGCUGGAUGUUGACGAAGUUAGUGUGAGAUUUACUGAUGAGCCGGGCGCCAGUGAGAAAAUGAAGGAGUGUUGCCCCGGACAACCAUUUGUGCUCUUCAGUACUAAACCUGGCGUGAAAAUUAAUUUGAUUAAUUCCGAGCCGCAAAAUGGAUUGUUCAAUCAAUGGGUGAAAAUUUCCGAUGGGGAUACUUUGGAGAAGAUUAAAUCCAAGCUGAUCAAGGAGGUGCGAGUCCUUAAAGAAUCGUCGAAUAUUGAGUUUUGGCGUUUUGAAGAUCCCAUCAAAGGCCCGAUGAGUAUUCCAGUUUUCAAUGCACCAACCAAAAACAAAGUCCAAUUGAAUCUUCAAGUGACCUUCAAGGUGGAUGUGAACAAGAAGCAAGUUGCUCUACAAGAAAACGGCAAGACCCUGGUAAUUGGGGACACAUUGUUCUACAUCUUAAAGUAAAAAUGUAACAGUUAAACGGAAAUGUAUUAUUCAAGUUUUUCGCUGAAAAUUCAAUUGAAAUUCUCGUUUUCUUUACAUCUAUAGUAAACGUUUGUUCAUUUCAUGAUAAAAAAGACGUCAUAAAAAAUAAAGAAGUUUUUUU